AUGCUAUCUCCGGAUCUGGUUCUAUCUUGCGAGCAUAUCUCAAAGAUACCCCAGGAAUUGGAGAAGCUCAAAAGAGGUGGCGAAAAUGCUCUCAAGUCCAAACUUAUAGAGCUGCACAAAACCACUGCAAUCGCGUUUCCGUACUUGGAUGGAGACAAUGAUCACGAUAUAGAUUACAUUCACAGCAAUUACAAAGACAAACUGAUAAUGAUACGACAUUUGGUUGAGCGCGACACCCCAUUCAGCACACCGAUUUACCAAAUGGUUAACUUAAUAAUAUAUUUGAAUAAUGCCUAUAAACGAGCUGGCUUUGAAAACGAAAUUAUAGACACUAAGGUAUAUCAGAGACUCAUUGAUCGCAAUAGGCCGGCCAAGAACGGAACCGAGACCAAGUCAAAACUCACGGAUCCCAGCGUCAUUGUCAACUGUUUAAAGUUCAACGAACAUAAUCUCUUGAAGUUGAUAAUCAAGGAGUAUGAUGUCGCCAAAUUGGCUUCUGAUCUCGAGAUAUGGAACUUUAUCCUGGAGUCGAAAAACUAUAGUUAUUUUCACCAGCUUGAAAAACUAGGGCUUCAACCGACCUCAGGAGUUAUUAAGAUCUUCAACUAG